UUACAACCCUCCACCAUCGACACGGACAUGGUGAGCGAAUUCGACCCUUCCUCGAGUGACUCCGGCGUUGUCUCCCGGUGUACCGUAGUAAAACCAUUGAAACUAAAACUGUGUAAACCCAUUUUUGGUAAACGCACCGAGAAAAAAUCGCGACGCACCGACGAACACCGGAAAAAAGACAAACGCGUUGUUGAACCCCGGAUCGAAACCGGUGAGCAGGUGCAGGUUGUGCCCCGCGUGCAAAAACCGCGCGAUCCCGAACGUGAAAAACGCCGCAUUGCCCGGAAGAAGGAAAAACGCGCGACGCUCAUCCUCGGCCUGAUCAUGGGCUCGUUCAUCGCCUGCUGGCUGCCAUUUUUUUUCAUGUACAUCCUCCGGCUGGCGUAUGAUAUACCCGGCUUUGCGUUCUCCACCGCCUUCUGGCUGGGCUACAUGAAUUCGGCGCUCAAUCCGGUCAUCUACACCAUCUUCAACAAGGACUUCCGGCGCGCCUUCCGCCGCAUCCUGUUCAAGUGAUGUUUAGCCUACGUGUGCUGCUAUGAGUGCGUCAGCAGGCGGAUACGGACGGCGCAGUAUCGCAGUGCACCGAGCGCAUUGUACAGACACUAACAGUGCUGCCAACCAAAACCACAUUAAUCUUAAACACACACUGUAUAAUAAUCUGUACACAUUCUAGUUUCUAUCAAAAACAAAUUUAAGAAAAAAAAUCUUCUUCGGAUUUCUGCGAACGCACUGUAUGUAUUUGACGCAAACAACUUGUACAUUUUAAUGUUAGCCGACGUAUUGUAUACAACACACACAACACACACAGAAUACAUAAGUUAUCGAGCGACAAUCUAAGCAUAUUUCUGUUUUGACGCAGUGGCGCCCUCUGGUGUUGCACAGCAAUUGAACGCUACUCAAUAUGAAUAAAUAUUUAAAAAUAAAUAAACACCAAGAUGGCAACCGAUAAGCAAGAUGAUUUUUAAGCACAAACAAAUUUAUUAAACAAAAGAAAAACGAAUUUUUAACAUUUUAGAGGUUAAGCAAUGUCAUUUUAAAAACAUUCUAGACAUAGUAUACGUAAAUGUUGCCAAUUUUAUAACCAUAAUAAUAACCACAAAGAAACAAAAAUCUUUUAAGUUAGUCAUUUUGAUGUCACUUAAAUUUGACACAUUCUCUGUCAAUAUCAUCACCUAACCUUAACUAACGUAAUUCUAACCUAACUUAACGUGUUUAGGUUAAGCAACACACACAUACCAACACAUACAACACGUGUUAACAUACCAAAACAAAAAAAAGAGCUGGCAAGGUGCAAAAAAUGAGUAAUUAAGUAAUUAAUAAUAUAAUAAUUAAUUAACUAAUUGCGUAGUAGUUGAGAUAGUAAACAAAAGUAUUAUAUUAACAAAUGGAAAAAAAACCACACUGUAUAUUAUAAUCCUAGCUAAUUAUGAUUGUGGACAAAAAGUAUCUCUAAACGACACAAAUCAAAAUUGUUACCUCAUGACGUAAAUAAAAACCUAACCUACUCGUAUCAUAGCGACGAAACAAUAAAUUGAAAUAAAAAUGGCGUCCAAAAUGGUCAAAAAAAGGAAUGUCCGAUAUUAUUCGUAGUGAAAUUACUAGCCUAAUGAAAUUAUAAUCAAACCGCACAUUUUUCUGUUUUUAUUUUUUAUUUUUUGGUUUUUCGUAAACACCCUGUAUAAAAAUAUCUUAUACGAUAAUAAUUAAUUCUCUAUACGCUAAAUUUGACUCGCUCCGUUGAGUGAGAACAUUUCCAAACAUGAAAUUUGUAAAAAUAAUAAUAAUAAUAAUAAAUUAGAAUUAUAAAUAAAUAAAUAUAAAUAAUAAUAAUAAUUAUAUGGAGCAAUGACUACCACUGUGAUAACAUAACGCUUUCAUUCUGGAUUUUACUGUAUUGUAUUGUAUUGUAUUUGUAUUUACUGUCAAACAACAAAAAAAAACAACAAGUAACAACAAAAUCACUCAAAAUAUUUAUGAACACACUGUAUAAUCAAUCGUAACUGUGUACAUAGAAGGCAUACGGCGUGUGUAAUGUACAAUUUUCCAGGUAAAAAAUAUUCUAUAAUCGAUAAUUAAGCCGAAUCAUUACAUAAUACACACAGAGUCUCACUUGGAACACACUGUAUAGUAUUAUAUUAUAAAUAUUACGACGAUUAUUACCUUCGUAAAUUCGAUCCUUCUAGCGAUGAAUUAACAUUUAAGAGAAUCGCGAUGUUGUAGACAAAAGAAAAACUUGUAUAUACAGAGUGUAUAAAUUAUGACUUAAGUAUUGAAAAACGCAACCAACUAAACACUAACUUCCUCGAUGUCUAAAGAGUAAAAUGAUUAAACGCAAAUUAUAUUAUAUUAGCUCGUAAUGAUGAAUAUAAAUGAAGUAAGCGUAAAUUUUGGUUAUGUUUGGUUAUGUUGUAUGAAUAUUUUAUUGAAACACAUUGUAUAUAUAUAGAGAGUAGAAAUUUAUCUCCGUGUUAUGUUUUUAACUAUGACUUGUUAUAUUGACAGUUGUGAAAAGGGUCACGUGACGGUAGGACACCAAUUUAACUCGUUUGAAUCGCGCGCGCACGCGCAUUGCAUGCGAGGCGUGGUCUUGAAAUGACUUCAAGGGGCGGAGCAGCGGUCUUCCACACUUGCAUAUAACAUACGUGAACACAAUAUGGCCGACUUGACGACAAGAGAGGGCAUAACACAAAUCUUUGCGCAACGAAAACUAUGGUGCUAUGCAUGUUUCAGCCAUGAAAACAUGAUACCAAGAAGACAUCUUGAGGAUAUUAUUAUGAUACAAACAAAAUGGCGGACGUGAAAGUUUUUUAUGAUGUUUCCAAGACGAAUUAAGACGGAAAAGUUGAAGUAAAUGACACGAAAUUACCCGAACGAGUUUUUCGUCUUUUUUCACUAAAUAGGAAAUCAAUUGAUACACAGUUUAUCCUUUUAUGUCCUUUCAAUACGUUUUUCCCGUUUCUGCUGAUAAAUCGUUUCGCAAUGAUUAAUUAUCCUGACACAAACAUACAAAAGAAUAAUGUCCUUUUACGGAACUGGGGCCAAAAACGUUUACACAACUCCAACGCCGCCAUUUUCGUUUACGCAUGGCGCUGGCGGUCGUCAAUGAGCCCACGACCGUCAGCGCCAUCACACAAUAGAAACUUGAAGGUUAAAUCACGGUCAAAAACAAAAAAAAAAGCAAGAAAACGUCUAAAUAAAUGAUAAGAUUAACAAAAACAAACAAAACUAUAUAGAGAAUAAUUGUUAUCACAAUAUUACGAUAUAUAAAUAUAUAAAUAAAUAUAUUCGGACGCCGAUGCUACGCCGCCAUAUUGAUGACGUCAUCGUGUGUCAAAAUGGCGCAGCAACCAAUUAAAACAAACACUACUACUGUCCUACUAUUUGUGUGUGAACGUACUUUGUGAAUAUUAAUAAAAUAAUAAAUUAUAUUGAAAUUUA